UCUGAACACUUUCUCUUGUAGUCUUAUUUCAAGCCAUAAAUUUAUUUUUCUUGCCUUUCCUGCCCAGACAAAGUCCUACACCUGUUUGCGUCAGCUGACUCUUACAGGGACGUAGCAAAGCAACCACUGAAGUUUGGUUCUGCAGGUCAACAUGUUUCGAAACGAUGGAGCUAAAAUGAGGGUGUGUGUGAUGCUGUUUGUUGUCUUGCUGUUGAAUGGAACUCUGAGUGAAUCUCAGAGAGAUGGCUCUGUCAUUAUUAGAGAUCCAGACAUCAGUGCCUCCUGGUACACAGGCAGGGGGAUCAGACCCCUUGGGAGAUUUGGUCGAAAAGCUGCAAGAAGAAAUGAACUUCUGGCUUUCAUCACAGCGAGAGUUUAUAGACCAACAGCUGACAGUGGCGUUUGGAUCACACAAUGAGAACACUGUGGAUCAUUGAAUAGCUGCUAUGCUCUCAUUUUUUUAGGUUAAGUAAUGGAAUUGGUCUUAGAUUUAGGAGUUUUCUAACAUUACAUUCAGUUAUUUUCUGUAAAUUCUGUAUAAAUAAUUUGUUUUCUGCUCUACAAGCAUGGGGAUAAAAGAACAUAUGUAAGAAAAGCAGCAUGUAAAGUUGAAAGUGUUACAAUUAAAGGAAUCCAUGAAUUAAUGGAACAUAUAUUCUGACCUCUGAGACUGAAAAGGUUUGAUCAAUAAUGAAAUUGUUUGUUUUAUGAAUUAUCAUAAAACAAACAAUUUCAUUGUUGACAGAAAUGCUCCAACAAGAACUGACAACAAAACUGGAUGAAGGCACCGUGUAAUACAGAUACUCUUCAUACAGUGGCUUGCAAAAGCAUU